AAACAUCACAAACCAAGCCAAGCAAAUAAAAACGGAGAAAAAAAAGAUUCAAGAAGAAGAAACUAUGUCAAAGAUCAACAUUCUCAUCGUUGCAGCACUUUUACUUAGCUUCAUGGUUAUUGAUUCAGUGGCUCGUCCUGACUCGUCUCUCCAGAACAAACCUAUGGAGAAGGAGAUGGGUUGUGAAGGUGAUGAAUGUAUGAUGGAAACAACGCAUGCAGCUAAAGUGAUGGGUUGUGAAGGUGAUGAAUGUAUGAUGGAAACGACGUCGGAUGCUCACCUUGAUUACAUCUAUACCCAAGCAUCUCCUCCUAAACCACAUGCAGCUAAAAAGAUGGGUUGUGAAGGUGACGAGUGUAUGUAGAAAACGACUUCGGACGCUAGCUCACCUUGGUUACAUAUAUACCCAAACAUCUCCUCCUAAACAAGAAGCACUUGAAGUCAAUCCUUAAAUUAAUUAUAUAUACAAUCAGUAAUUCAUAUGUUAUGUUGUGAUUUAUAUAAUGUUCUCUAAUAAAGUCUUAAAUCAAUGAAAUAAUAGUGUGCGUUCAUCA